CGUGAAUUUCCCCAUGUUUGAGAUGGUGACUGAGUCGUCUGGCGCAUACCAUUGGCUGCAGUACGGCUCACCUUGAUGCUCGCGACGGUUAAUCAGAGUCGGUCACAGAUGGCCUAUUUCGCCAGCCAUUGUCAAGACUAACAUACCUGGCGGCCAUGAGCAUGGCCAACAUCCUGGGUUGGAAGGACAUCCUGAGGCCGAUUCGAGAUGGCUAUCGGCAUCUAUUUCCAUCACCAGACACUGGCCCAACGCCAGAGGAACGAAGGAAGCAGCGUGAAUUGGACCGGCUGAGAGGUUUUACCUACUUUGACACUUUCGAGCAACUGGAGUCGUGGACUGAGGCCGAUUCUGAUCCUCUUCAAAGAGCAAAUACGCCGCUGUUGCAGCGGAGUGAGGAUUUUGCAAAAAGCGAUAGGAGCAAAGCUAAUGUCGUCCUCUGCCAUGACUACGCUGGGAACUACCAUGCCUAUGAGGGCGUACAAGGAAUUGGCAUGGACGACGAAAUGUAUGCAUGUGAAUACCUACAAUACGUCGAUCCAUUUAUAUAUUUCUCACAUAAGCUUAUUUGCGUUCCACCGCCUGCUUGGACGAAUACACUCCAUCGCAAUGGUGUGAAGGCUCUCGGUACGAUACUCAUCGAACCGCAAACCGAGGGCUCGGGAAGGUUGUUGCUGCAGCGUGCUGGCGACGAGGUCAAGCCUCACUUUCCUCUAGCGACAAAGCUUGCCAACAUUGCAAAACACCACGGUUUCGACGGAUGGCUUGUAAACAUUGAAAAGCCGUUCGCGAAGGAAGAUUGGGAUCUUCAUAUCCUGCAAGCGUUUUUGAGACAACUAAAAGGCGAUCUCGGACACGGAAAACAACUCAUAUGGUACGAUGCUCUGACAACAUCGAACAAGGUGUCCUACCAAAACGCCUUGAACGCUUCCAAUCUUCCGUUUGCAACAGCCUGCGGAAGCAUUCUGACGAACUACUGCUGGAAAGAAACUGAUGCCGUGAGCUCAUUCGCACAAGCAAUGCGACAUGACGCAAUGCAUCAUGGCCUAUCACCGCAGGAGGUCUUCUGUGGCAUCGAUGUUUGGGCUCAGAACACCACUAAAUUGGCCCACCCCCGCGUCACGUAUCCUGAGAAGGGCGGCGGUGGCACGAACACCGGAAUUGCAGUAGCCAAGCUUGCCGAUCUACGUCUCUCCGCAUGUAUAUUUGCACCUGCGUGGUCAUAUGAACAUUUCCCUGGUCACGGUCGAGCGAUCGAACGAGCGAUGUGGGAGGGAACAGCACUUUCAGCGAACAUCGACUGCCCAUGUGGUGAUUGCGCCUCACGUCAUCCGUCAAAUCAGCUGUAUCCGAUCACAAGGUUCGCCAGAGAAUCUGCUGCUGGCUCGAAGACAUUCUUCUACACGGAUUUCAAUCGAGCCUUCGGCACACACGAUGAGCGAGAGAAAGAGAUGUUGUUUGACGGGAAAAACACGCACUCGCGUCUCGGCUCACAAUCCGUUCUACCGCGGACAGCCGUCUCGAAAGAAGAUGACGAGAGCAGUAGAAGUGUCUUGUCCCAUAGACUCGAAGAUCUGGAAGGCCAAUCACAGCUGGUCAUUGAAGUAUAUGCUUCUUUGUCUCCAACAAGCCAUAUAAUCAACGAGCAAUUCCUACCUCUAUUUCACCUUAACAUGCCAGCGGACGGGACCUUGCAACUCACAGUCUGCUACCGGAAGCCCUCAAGCCCUGCAAACGUCACAACAAAUUUCUUUGUGAAGUCUACCAGCGGCCUGCAGAUCGUUCCCGUGCCACAAAUCCCAGGACCCCAUGUCGUCACAGCGACUAUUGGAACGCAAUCAGACACACGCAGCACCCUCAAAGAACUCGGCGUCUCUGUACACGGCCCUCUCUCUUCCUCAAGCUCGGUCCGACUCGUUGAGAUUCUGUCAAUCUGUAUCACACCUGCUCACUCAGUGCAGGCAACGGUCACGAUUACUGGCAUCCAUAUCGAGGAGCGCGAGCAGGGGGAAACCCAACAUUUAAGGUUGUGUUGGACGUAUGGAAGUUCGAGUGAAAGAGCAAAGGGUUUACCUCACAGCGAUAUCACAGGUCCUUGUUCGUACUUCGUGGUUGUGGUUGAUGGAGUCAAACUUGGCAGGGCGUAUGCACUGGAGCAUAUUCUGCCCCAGCGGUUGGUUGAAAGGUGCAAGGGGAGAGAAGUGGAUGUGAAUGUCAUUGGCGUUGGUUUUGAUGGGCAGAAGCUCGCCGAGGAGAGGGUGAAGGUGAGGAUGUGAG